UCAAGCGGAGAAGUGUACAUCAAGUGGAUCUGGAGUUGACAACAGAUGAGUCGCAGCAGGCACAGGAGCAGAGCGAUCCGUGUGUGACAAGACUUCAACACAACGAUCAGGAUGAUUUCCUGUCGCGAUUAUGGAUUUCAUUCGCUAUAAUCAUUUUGAAUUACUUGCAUGCACAAUUUUCAUCUCAUCGCUGUUUGUGAUAGAUGGUGCAUCUCCUGACCUGCAGCCUCCACCAGAGGACCAGUGCUCUCCUAACCCAUGCCAAAACAAGGCAAUAUGUAGAGUCCGCGGGGACAGCUACUCAUGCUUCUGUGUGCCAGGGUUUCAGGGCACUCACUGUCAGAUUGACGUGAAUGAGUGUGUUUCACAGCCCUGCAGGAACGAGGCCACCUGUGUGGACAGAGUGGGCAGCUUCUCCUGUCUGUGUUCUCCUGGGUUCACAGGGGCCACUUGUGAGGUCCAGAUUGAUGAGUGUCAAUCACAACCAUGUCUCAAUGGCGGCAGUUGCCAUGACCAUGCCAGUAGCUUCACUUGCACCUGCCUGCCCGGUUUCCAAGGACACCGAUGUGAAAUCAACAUUGACAAGUGCCAAGAGCAACCAUGCCAAAACGGGGCUCUGUGUAUAGAUCUGCAGAAUAACUACAGCUGUGACUGCUCUCACACAGCCUUCACUGGCAGACUCUGUGAGACACCACGACCACCAUGCCUCUCUGAACCAUGCUUCAACAGCGCCAUCUGCACGGACAACCAGGGUAACUACAGCUGUGAAUGCUGGCCAGGGUUUGAGGGACGCCAGUGUCAUAUCGACAUCAAUGAGUGUGGCAGCAACCCCUGCAUGCAUGGAGGCCACUGCAUUGAGAGGUCGUGGCAGGCUCUGUAUGGCAGCGAGCCUCUGCUUCCUGAACACUAUGACCAGCAGCAUGCUGCAGGCUACAUCUGCAGCUGUCCUCUUGGAACUAUCAUGGAUACACCUGUUACUGCUCACCUGGGCACACUGGACCCCUCUGUAAAACCCCCACCACCUUCUCCUUUGAGCGCAGAGGCUACCUGCUGCUGCAGAGUCCCCUGGUGGAUGCUGUGGUGUCCUGCAACAUCACCCUCAGCUUCAAAACUACUCUGCCCAGAGCGUUGUUGUUCCAGCGGAACAGCAGGGGGAUGCUGCUGAGCCUGGAGUUGGACGAAGGGCAGCUUCGUCUUACACUGAGGAAGGAGGCCUCUGCUGGGGCUGAAGCAGAAAGCCCAAGCCAGGUCCUGGAGCUUCCACACAAUGUCACAGAUGGAGAGUGGCAUUCUGUAGAGGCUGUGCUCGGAAGCUGGAUGCUCAGUCUUACACUCUUGGAUGAUGCUGUGAGCUGUGGGAACCAGUCAUGCCACAAGAUGGCUCCAGUCCAAAGCACCAUGGCCAGGCUGGUGUCACCUCCUCAGAACACUUUUAUUGGAGGAGUGCUUCAAGACUCAAAUGGCCCCAGUGACAACUCUCCACUUCCAGCAUUCAUUGGCUGCAUGCGGGAUGUGUUUGUGGACUGGCAGCUCGUCGUCCCUGAGAAUUGGCUGAGCGACUCUGCUGUUAAUGUGUCCCCUGGCUGCAGCCACAGGGACCGCUGUCUGGACGUGCCUUGCCAAAACAGAGGACAGUGUGUCAACUUGUGGCAUGGCUACCAGUGCAGAUGUCCGAGGCCUUAUGAGGGGCAGGACUGUGAGGAGGAGCACGUGACUACACGCUUUGGGAAUGAGGACUCUCAGAGUUACGCAGCUUUUAUCGUUACCAAUGAUCUGGGUCAAAACCUCUCCAUCUCCCUCUUCCUGCGUACACGGAGGCACUAUGGACUCCUCCUGGUGUUAGCCAACAGCAGCAGCCAGUACCUGCACAUCUGGCUGGAGGAUGGCAAGGUCACAGUUCAGCUCAAUAACUUUGAGAGGCUGAAAGCGGAGAGUGCAGUUGAUGAUGGGGAAGUCCACUUUGUGAGUGUAGAGGUGGCGGAUGAUCGUAUGGCGCUGUAUGUAGCAGCCCAGAAACAGGGCGAUAUAGAAGUCAGGACAGUCAAUGUUCAAGCGGGAGACACUGUGUAUGUGGGAGGUAUGUUGGAGAGCUGGAUGACUUCAGUGUUUGGUGGAUAUUUUAAAGGCUGCAUUCAGGACCUGAGGAUCAACGACAGGCGGCUGCAGUUCUUUGGGUUGGACACCUCAGUGAGCUCUUUUCCUCUGGAGCUCAUGGAAAAUGUGACUGCUGGAUGCACUGGGGACAACACCUGCAGUACAAACCCUUGUCUAAAUGGUGGGAUGUGCUACUCCAUGUGGGAUGACUUCACCUGCACCUGCCCUCCCAGGACAGCAGGGCGGCGCUGUGAAGAGGUCAGGUGGUGUGAGCUGUCACCUUGCCCCACAGACACAGAGUGCAAGAUGCUGAACCAGGGAUAUGAAUGCUAUUCCAAUGCAACAUUCCUGAAUGACAGCACUGUGUUGACCUACCGGGGAAACGGCCACAUAUCCCGCAAUCUAACUAACCUCUCCCUAAACUUACGCACUCGAAAGCGUAACACAGCUAUACUCCACGCAGAGAAGGGCUCAGAAUUAGUCACGCUCUCUGUGCAGGGUGGUUUCCUCUUCAUGGAGCUUCAGAGCACCACUGGAGACAACAGAGAAGAGGAGGAGGAGGAGGAGGAGGGAGAGCGGGGUGUGGGUACGGUCAGUAUCAGCAGCAGGACGAGUGUUAGUGAUGGUGAGUGGCACAACAUCCACCUGUUCAUGGCAGUGCCAUGGGCACAAACCUCCCGGUGGACUUUGGUGCUGGAUGAGGAAAUAGAGGAAGCAAUCACUUCCAGGGGCCAAGGAGGCAAUCUGAACUUCCUCAGGCAGGGGGUGGACAUCUUCGUAGGGGGCCUUGCCCCAGAUGCUGGGUGGUCCCUGGCUGGAUGCCUGGGCACAGUAGAGCUGGGUGGCAUUGCCUUGCCAUACUCCAGCUCCUCUGAUGUGAACCUCCCACGCGUGCAGGAAGAGCAAUUCAUCCAGACAUCACUGCAACCACCGCUCCUUGGCUGCAACGGGGCCCCCGUGUGUGAGCCCAACCCCUGCCUGAACGGAGGGGAGUGCCAGGACCUGUUCAACAACUACAACUGCAACUGUGCCUCAGGCUGGGCCGGGAGACGCUGCAGCUUCUUCACUGACACCUGCGCUUCCAGCCCCUGCGUUCACGGCAACUGCAGCGUGAACGGGCUGACCUACGACUGCACCUGUGAGUUUGGGUAUGCGGGUGUGGACUGUGAUGAGGAGGUGGAUACGUGUGAAAACCACCUGUGUGCCCAUGGAGGCACCUGUCUGCAUGGGCCGGACAGGUACGCCUGCCUUUGCCCUGAGAACUUCACUGGACCCCUUUGCAAUGAACGAAUAGAAGAAAUUCCAUGGUACCUUGUUGUCAGAAAUGUACGGCCUAAACUGCCUGUGUCUGUGUGCGGAGAUGACAACAGAAACUACACCUGCUUCAAUGGAGGCAACUGCACUGACCGAGAGCUGUCCUGCGACUGUCCACCUGGCUUCAUUGGACACCGGUGUGAGCAGGAGGUGGACGAGUGCAAGUCCAACCCAUGCCUGAACGGAGGCUACUGCCGCAACCUCAUCAACAAGUUCUUCUGCGUGUGUGAAAUGAGCUUCGCUGGAGAAACGUGCCAGACGGACUUAACCUCCGAGGGUUUGACCUUUGACCUCAUACUGUCCGUCAGUCUGGUGGCCAUCGUCCUGCUGCUGGUUCUCAUCCUCACCUCCGUCAGCGUGGUGAUGGCGCUUAAUCGCCGCGCCACCCACGGCACCUACAGUCCCAGCCGGCAGGAGAAGGAGGGAUCCCGUGUGGAGAUGUGGAGCAUCACCCAGCCGCCACCUAUGGAGAGACUCAUAUGAGAUGCAGGGACUGUGUUCACAUGCAGGGCAGUAAUGUGGUUAUUGUAGUAUUGAAGGAGCUGAUGUUAGAAAUACACCUGAUGUAUAAUCUGCAGCCUGCAUGUAAACAUGGUCUUCCCCUCACAGCACCUCCAUUCUAAACCACAGCUGUCUUUCUUCCCAUGCUGUAAGACUGUAUGAGAUCUUAUGACACCAUUUGUUUUGUUAUUGUAUAUCUCAGUGCUUCAUCCAUCUUCCUGCAAUGUUUUGCACCUGUCUUCACUACUCAGCAGUACAUCCCUCUAAAUGCAAAGAUUUAAAUUCAGAACGUAUCGAGUCUGUCACAUCUUUUCGUCUGAUCCAUAUUUUUUUAAGGAUUGAUGGGUCAUUUGUUCAGAAUUUUGGACCGACGUAAAACAUUGUUUUAAAGCCCCAUCUGGAAACGAGCAGAUUGAGUCAGAAUGUUCCACAUGAAAGGACAAGGACAGCAUUAUUCUAUUUUUUCUUUUUGUCAACAAAUUCCAUGAAAUUAUCAAAAUCCAGUAUGUUAGCCGUCUCUCAUUGGUUCUAAUGAAGAUAUACUGUACAUCUUCAAAAACAGGUUUCCUUAAACAGCGGGGCACUAUUCUUUUUAGAAAACAUGACUCAAACAGGAGUUAAUAUUGCUUUUGUUGGGGAUUAUUUUCAGCCGUGCAUUAAUACACAUUUGGUGGUCAAUUUCCUGCAGCAGGACAGUGUACUGUAUGUGGGAUUUGUUCAAAAUAAACCAUAAAUUUGGUGUUUUGGUCUUUUCAUGGUAUUUGCUAAUAAAAAUAGAGAAUAUCACCAGGCCUUAAAAUUCUUGAACUUCCAUCUGUUUGGAUUUAUUGCUGAAAAAAAGACUGUCACAUUGUUUGUGUAUUACAUGUCUACACGCUGAGUUGUGCUGCCAGUUUUGAUUCAUAUUUUAGUGAACAUUUUCACUGGAAAUACUGUAGCUCCUUACUGACAAAAUAAUGUACUUUACAGUCAGAUUUCAAGCUAAGUGGCACUUGUUGAGAUUAGUUUUUUUUUUAGGCUGACUUGUAUGUUGUUAGAAACAAAUACUCAUUUUAAAUAUAAACAACGUAACGAUGAUUUUUGUUUAUCAUGUUUUUAACUGUAAAUUUCAUUUCAACUUGUUCAUGUCAACUGUACAUGGACAAUGUGCUGCUUGAUUAAAGUGAAUUCAUUUGUGUAAAUGUA